AUGAAUACACACCCAAUACUACACCCACAUCCACCUCUCACGGUGGCUAGUGGCGGUGGAAGAAGGAAGAAACGACAACAACGAGAUAGCGAACACAAUAGCCCCUUUGGGGUGGCGACGAUGACCGGAGCAAACAGGAGUGAGUCAGCGGCGGUAGAUGGAGCUAGGGGGUUUCAUUCGCCACCGGAAACAACCGUGAGUGGCAACUGUCUCGAUUUCUCACCACCCAUCGGACGAACAGUCUUGGAACUUCGAUUGAUCGGGAAGGCAAGAGGGGAGUCGGGUGGUGACGGCGGCUGGAGGAGUGGAGGGAUAAGGGUGGCGGCCGCUUCUAUCAUUUAG